AUGCUCAGCAACAUCUUCACCCCUUUCGUGCUGCCUUCCAUGGUGCAUCUGCCCUGUGCCUCCGGCCCAGUCGUUGACUCUGGCACCAUGUUCGGUUCCGACUUUGGCAGCAGCCUUCAUGGAGUCGAUGCACCCAUCUCCCACGCCUGCACCAUUGUUGACGUCGACCUUGAUGCAGACACCUAUGGCCCUGCGACCAUCAUGGUGUUCCAGGCUCUUGCGCAGUACCAGAUAGACAUUCCGCAGCACAAAGACCUGAAUUUGAAUGUUACUAUUCUCCUGCCACGCCGUGUGAGUCCAAUAAAGUACAACAUCUUAAAUCACAACGCUCUGGUGGCCCGAACAGCAGAGGUGAACAAAUGGAAUGAAGACUUCACUGUGAAGGCGGAAGGAACUGGACAAGGGACCUUAACCGUAAUGACAAUUUAUAAUGCAAAGCUACAGGAGGAUGAAUCUCAGUGUAAGAAUUUUGACCUGAGGGUAUCGGUCGAAGAAGCCCGGGGCGUUAAGAAGCCAGAAGGAGCCAUGCGUUCAGUCUAUAUUAAAAUCUGCAUCAGGUUCCUCGGUGUGGUUGAUGCCACAAUGUCCAUCAUCGAUGUCUCCAUGCUCACUGGCUUCUCACCAGACGUGGAAGAUCUUAAGAGACUUUCCCAAGGGGUCGACAGAUACAUUUCCAAGUUUGAAAUCGACAAAGCCCCAUCCGACAGAAGCAACCUCGUAAUCUAUGUGGACAAGGUUUCUCACAGAGAGGAUGAAUGCCUGCAGUUUAAAGCUCACCAGUUUUUCGAAGUUGGUCUCAUUCAGCCGGCAUCCGUCACAGUCUACGAUUAUUACACCAUAGAUGACCGGUGCACCAAGUUCUACCACCCGUCUAACCAGAGCGGGCUCUUCAGUAAGAUCUGUUAUGGGGACGUCUGCCGUUGUGCAGAAGAAAGCUGCUUCAUGCAGCAGAAGACAGAGGAUCCCAUCACUCUGAACAAGCGAAUGGAGGAAGCCUGUGAACCUGGAGUGGAUUAUGUGUAUAAGACCAGGCUUGUUAGCAGUGAAGAAGCGGGCAGUUCUGACUACUACACCAUGAAAAUUUUGGAAAUCAUUAAAGCAGGGACUGAUGAAAAUCAAGAAGGAAAAACCCGCCAAUUCAUCAGUCACAUAAAAUGCAGAGAGUCUCUGAGGCUGGAGCGUAACAAAGACUACUUGAUCUGUGGACUCAGCACCGACUUGUGGUCCAGGGAAGCUGAGCUAUCCUACAUCAUUGGCAAGGACACCUGGAUCGAGAAGUGGCCCAACGAGGACGAAUGCCAGAAGCCGGAUUUCCAGAACCUCUGCCAGGAAUUCCUUGAGUUCUCUGAAGCCAUGACCAUGUUUGGCUGCCCAACCUAAACUUGGACCCAGCUUUCCCAGCAGCCCCAAGGGGACAGUUUGAGCUGAGAUGGAGCAUAACCCUCAGGUGGAGACAGCUCCACUCAGAGUCCCAAUGCUGCUGACACUCGCCGCUAGCCCUGUCCUCUUUGGGGGUUUCACUCUUUUUUUUUCUUAUUGUUUCUCUCUAUAUAAAAGGCUGAAUUCUUA